GAACUCAACACAUUGGUUUUUACUGCCUCUAUCUGUACGGAAGAACACACAAAACAGUCACCGCAUAUUUGCCAUCCUUAACAAAUCGAAAUGAUAACACAAAGUUUAUAAAUCGUAUUUCAUUUAGAUAAUUAGAAAAAAAUGCAGUUAAGAAGUGACAAUUUAAUAGUUUUGGUUUUUUUGGUCCAAUAUACUCGUAUUGGACACUGUGACGCACAAUCUCGCCGCUACUCAAGUCGUGGAAAUGAUUACGAAGAUAAUAGAAAUGGUGCAUCUGGAACAAUACCAAUUGGCUUAAUAACUGACCAAUAUACCGAGCAAAUGGGUCUAAUUUUUGAACAUGCAAUUGAGGUUGCCAAUGCAGAGUUAGAGACUCCUCUAAAAGCUGUGAAAGAGGAGAUGAACUAUGGCGAUUCUUUUCAAGCUUACGGUGUAUUAUGUAAACUUCUUAAGGAUGGUGUGGGGGGAAUUUUUGGUCCCUCCUCACGGCACACCGCCAAACAUUUGUCCACGAUUUGCGAUACCAAAGAUGUGCCCUAUUUCUUUUCAGAUAUGAACGAGAAUUCAGAGGCUUUUAACUUAUAUCCACAUCCUUUAGACUUAUCAAAAGCAUUAUAUUUUUUACUAUCUGCCUAUGAAUGGUCACGUUUUAUAUUUUUAUAUGAAUCUGUUGAAUAUUUAGAUAUACUUAAUGGUAUCUUGGCUUUCUAUGGCACUAAUGGUCCAACCAUAACGGUUUUACGUUACGAUAUGGAACUAAAUGGAAAUUAUAAAACUGGGUUGAUGCGUGUAAGGAAAUCCGGUGAUAGUCGUAUCGUUGUUGCCGGCUCAUCAGACACGAUGCCGGAAUUUUUACGGCAGGUGAGUACAAUGUCAAUAUCUGCAGAUCGCUAUUUACCUCAAUUGUAUCAUAAUCCAAAAAAUACAUACAUACCUCAUAGCUGUAUCGGUUACCAGGAUCUCACUAGAACAAAAUAUACAGUUCUUUUUUACUAUGGGAGUUCUGCUGUUUUGAGAUCCUGUCCCAUAACACUUUCCAUGGCUUUGAUUUACGACUCUGUUCAACUAUUUGCGGAAACUACGAAAUAUUUAACGGUGCAAACCGUACCUUUAAACUGCAGUGAUCGGAGUGAAAGCGUUCUAGAUGAUGGCUCCACAUUCAAAAAUUAUAUGAGAACGCUCAAUCUGAAGGAAAGGACCAUAACAGGUAAAAUUUACUUUGAAGGAAAUAUACGCAAGGGCUAUGCUUUAGAUGUGAUUGAAUUGCAUCCGUCUGGAAUUUUGAAAAUUGGAACUUGGGAUGAAAUUUCAAAUCUUACAAUUCAACGUGUGCCACAAACAAACUCUGUUAUAGACAACGUUGAUAAUUCACUUGCAAAUAAAACAUUCAUCGUAUUGUUAAAUGUUCCGAACAAACCAUAUGCAAGUCUUGUGGAGAGCUAUGAAAAACUGGAAGGCAACAGCCAAUAUGAAGGCUAUGGCGUCGAUCUUAUUAAAGAACUCGCUGAUAAACUAGGCUUUGAUUUUAUUUUGAAGAACGGUGGCAACGACUAUGGAUCAUACAAUGCUACUACAAAUACAACAUCAGGAAUGUUAAAAGAAAUUAUUAUGGGUCGCGCGGACUUGGCAAUCACGGAUUUAACAAUUACAGCAGCACGCCAGCAAGUGGUCGACUUCUCCAUACCGUUCAUGAAUUUGGGUAUAGCAAUUCUACAUUUAAAGGCACAAAAGGCCCCACCAGCUUUUUUCACAUUUAUGGAUCCAUUCUCCAAAGAGGUGUGGUGGCUUUUGGGACUGUCCUUCCUCCUGGUGGCAUUCAGCUUUUUCAUAUUAGGACGUCUUUCACCAUCUGAAUGGGAUAAUCCCUACCCAUGCAUUGAAGAGCCGACUGAACUAGUAAAUCAAUUUACAAUUGGCAACUCAUUAUGGUUUACUACGGGUGCUUUACUACAGCAAGGUUCGGAAAUGGAACCAAAGGCCAUUUCAACACGCACUGUCGCUUAUUUUUGGUGGUUCUUCACUUUGCUUAUGGUUUCAUCCUAUACUGCUAACUUGGCCGCUUUCUUAACCAUCGAAAACCCAACUAGUCUGAUUGAUUCUAUAGACGAUCUUGCUGAAAAUAAGCAUGGCGUAUUGUAUGGUGCAAGAAAGGUCGGUUCAACAAGAGAGUUUUUCGAGAAAUCGGAGGAUCCACGGCAUAUAAAAAUGAACAAAUUUUUAAAUAGUCAUCCAGAGCUGUUGACCAAUGACAACAUGGAGGGUGUGAACCGCGUGGACAUGACCUACGCUUUCUUAAUGGAGUCUACUUCAAUUGAAUACAAUACGAUGCGGCUAUGCCAUUUAAGGAAAGUUGGUGAUGCAUUGGAUGAAAAAGGCUAUGGAAUAGCUAUGCGAAAAAAUUGGCCUUACCGAGACAGAUUCAACAAUGCGCUACUUCAAUUGCAAGAACAGGGAUCAUUGGAGAAAAUGAAGAAUAAAUGGUGGAACGAAGUGGGCGCCGGCAUUUGUACUGUUGAGUAUAACUAAAA